GAAGAGCGCCAAACGCGGUCACGCACCCACGUGAAUGUAAGCGCCGAUUGCCUUCCUCAGAAAUUUUGGACUUUGAGCGGGAAUUGGACCUUGGUCGGCGUUGGUCGCGAGCACCAUGUCCACCACACUACCGCUCUUCUGGGACCUCUCUUCUGCUUCUGCGAACACGCGGAUCGAUGCCUCUGUGAAGCUCGUCAGUUCCCUCGAGCACUUCCAGUCUCAAUUCGUGCCGAAGAAAAACAUGGGCCGUGGAGAGGACGGGGCGGAGCAGAAGGGCGAUGGCUUGGAUGCCUUGAACGCGCAGGACGUAUCAUACUCGAUACGUCGACUUGUAAGGGGACUGGCGAGUCCGAGAGAGAGCAGUCGGUUAGGUUUCGCAGUAGCGUUAACGGAGCUCUUGUCCAAGAUCGACACGGUGACAUGCUCGCAAAUUUUGGCCCUGGUUCUGGACUCCUCCAAGACCGAAGGCACCAUGACCGGCCAGGAGGAACGCGACAUGUACUUUGCUCGUCUUUUCGGCUUCAUCUCCGUCAUUCAGUCCGGGUUGCUCUUCCGCGAGACAACACUGCCAUCGUCAUCCAGCCUCGUCUCAAGCUUGGACAACUACAAGGAAGCGUUUGCUGAGCUAGUGGCCCUCGGCGAGAAGAAGUCCUGGCUGCGCGAGAGCGCUUGGUGGGCGAUCGGUCUUGCCAUUGAGGCGCUGCUUGCAUCCGACGUCUCGUGGAAGGAUGACGCUGUAGAAUCCACUGUCAGCGUAUUAUUUGCGGAGAAGAAGGCGUGGACGCCCGAGAAGAUUGCCCUCACGCUGAAGCUGCAGACUCAAUUGCCCUCCCGAGACUGGCAGAAACUAUUGUCGCCCACGUUCAAAAGUCCGGAGCUGCUGAUUACAGGAAACCUCGGAACCAUUGCUCGCAUACUGAGGGAAUCCAAUGUCGACGAUGACGAAGAAUCCGACGUUCCCAAGUCAGGCGCUUGGAAGCCUCAAGUACACUUCGUUUGGGACAUGCUCCUCGACCGACUGCUGUCUCCUCCGGCGCAAAAGGGCUCAAAUACUGCUCCAUUCCCUGACUUCUUCCGGAUAGUAGUCGAUGAGUCUUUGUUCUCGAACACGUCUUCCCCGGAGCGCAAGUACUGGGGCUUCCAAAUAUUCACCAAGGCCCUUCCUCGCGUCAGUGCUGAUGACAUGCCCAUGAUUUUCACAAAGAACUUUAUGCGGUCGUGGAUUAACCAUCUAUCGAAGAGUGACCGCUAUCUUCACAAGGCCGCGAGACAAGUGGUGUCAGACAUACAGUCCUAUGUCAAGGAGAAUCCUGCGCUUGGCUUCACCCUUAUCUUGCAACUCACGGGUGUGAACGGAAGCCGUCAGUUCGACAAGCUAACCAGGACAAAAACGGUCGAGUCGAUCCUGACGUCAAUGGACAAGGACGGGGUCCAGAACUACAUUGACUACCUCCUGAAGCAAAUCAACGAUGACCAGACCGGCGAGCCGGUUGACGCACAGGCCGUGAACUCCCGCCGUGCAUGGAUUAUAGAUCAGCUGGCCGCCCUCGUCCGCAAUGGCGCGAUCCCAAAAAGCGACGAUUGGGUGCAGUCCAUUCUAGACUGGCUUGCUGUCCACGGUCUCUUCGCCGUCACCAAGAAGUCCGAGAAGAGUCCCAUUUCGGCGCUUCGCAGUGUGCCUGCACCACAAUUCUCCGACGAACUCAGGAAGCUGUGCCGCGACCGCCUGCUCAGCUGUUUAGCCGACUUGACUGGGCAUACCACUGCCGUGGAGAAGGAGGACAAGACUAUUGUCAAGAUCCCCGCAGUGGCAUCCGACGGGCGGUUCUGGGUGGACAGAGUGCUCUCCACUAUCGAGAAGCUCGAGAAGGAUCCAAAGCACGUCGCCGUCCUCGCUGAGCUUGACGAGGAGGAUCAAGCAUUGCGAAGCAAGGCGCGUCAGCUGGCCGCGCGGCUGAAGACGGUUCCGGGGCCUCAGCGGGAGGCCGCAAGAGGCGCCGAGCUUCUCCUCUCAGCUACCCUUCUUCACCACUACUGCGCCGACGAGGAAGCCGACGCGGAAACAUUAGAGAGCUGCAUUGAUGGAGCGACGCGGAUGUUCCCAGUAGAGACAAAAAAGAGCAAGAAACCACGCAAGUCCACAGGCGGCGAUGCUGGGGAUAGCGCGGCUGAUGUACUGGAACCUGUGGAUGUGUUGGUGGACAACGUUAUCGGCUUCUUGGAGCAGGCCACGGCGUACAUGCGCGCGGUGGCCAAUCAAGUGUUCUCGCUGCUGUCUGGUUCGGUCCAGGAGAGCACUAUCAGUCUCAUUCUCACCCAAUUGGAGCGUCGUGAUCCAGCUGAACUCAUGGCAGUCGAAGACGAAGAGAUGGAGGACGACGAAGAUAGCGGAGAUGAGGAGGCGGAAGAAGACGAGUCGUCCGAAGAAGCGGAGGACGAAGAUGAGGACGAAGACGCCGACGAGGAAGAGGAUCUUGAACUCCGGAAGAAGAUCGAGGAAGCGCUGCGAAUCAAUGGAGUCGAGGCCGCGACUGGCGAAUCUGACGAUGAGAGUGAGGAGGAACUCAUGGACGAUGAUCAGAUGCUCGCCAUCGAUGAACAGUUAGCUGCAGUCUUCAGAGCACGCGCCACGGAGAAAAAGGGGAAAGAUGUCGACGCACAGCGGGAGGCCACACACUUCAAGAACCGCGUACUCGAUCUCCUCGAGAUAUUCCUCAAGAAGCAGCCGUCUAGCCAUCUGACGGUCCGCUUGAUUAUCCCGCUGGUAGACCUAAUCGUGGGCACAGGCCCAGACGAGAAGCAGCUGGCUGACAAGGCGACUGGUAUAUUGCGGUCCCGAGUGGGCAAGGCCAAGGAACUCCCUUCGUCAGUUGACAAGGAUGAGGCUGCGGAGGUGCUCCAGGAGUUGCAUUCGCGAGCCAGGAAGGCACCAUCUGCUGACGUUCUUGCUACUCUGAGCGCUUGCACCAUGUAUGUGGCGAGGGCGCUGCACCAUGUAGGCGAGGACGCACCGAUUGUCCGGGCCUACCAGGAGUCUCUAGUUGACUUUGUCACCCGCAAGGCCUCCCGGUUGAACACGCAAUUCCUCCAGGACUUUGUACGCCGACAAGUGGCAGUCGCAUGGGCACUGCGGGAUGAUCUCCUCGACGUCACUAGCAAGGCGGUCAACGCUUAUCGGCAAUGUCAAGUAUUCCUGCUCAUCCAUGCCUUAGUCAAGGAGCUUCCGCAAUUGGGUGACGAGAGUAAAGCCGACGUCCUUGCAUUUUUACCCAAGCUGCGAACUGCUCUCAUCGACGUCAUCUCACAAGCAUGCGACGAGUCUGAAGCGUCUCUUACGGCUGCUCAAAUUAAGGAGCUCUUCAAGUUGGCACUGCUGGCCGUUCGUCACAUGCGCCGUACAAACGCUAGUGCCGAAGAGUUGUUGGUCGUUUGGGACCCUCAGUCGUGGAACGAUCUAUCGACCAAAUUGGCAGCAAACCCUCGCUUGAUGUCAUCCACGGCCUUGCAGACAUCGUGCAAAGAGAUAAUUCGGGCUGUCGGUGAGUCUGCAAAGUCGGGCAGCGAUAGGCCUACAAAGAAGGGCCGUACAGACAGUAGUGCUACUGCCAGUAAACGGAAGGCUGCAGAGCUCGAGGAUGCUCCUGCGCCGCAAAAGGCCAAACCCAAAAAGGCUAAGAAAGCAAAGACUUCCUAG